GGAACAGUCAACUGUAAGCGGGGCAGUUUCUGGUUGUACACGACGUACACUGAGACACUGGUUUACAGGAGUGCGACUACACUGAAUGCUGGCAGGUUAACAAAAAACUGUCACAGAUUACUGAAGUCCAGUGUUGACAGACAGAUGAAGCACAUCUCUUUUCCCCCGCUGACCCGCUUUGCCAUUUGCGGGGGCACUCAUGGCAAUGAGAUGACGGGGAUACACUUGGUGCAACAAAUGGAGAAAAACAAGGUAAAGGAAAUCGAGCAUGUGUCUGUAAUGACUGUACUUUCCAAUCCGGAUGCUGUUAAAGUGUGUCGAAGGUACAUGGAAACUGAUCUCAAUCGUUGCUUCACAAGUGCUUUGCUGAGCACCCCCUUAAACACCUCGUCGCCCUAUGAGAUGAAACAAGCUCACAAGCUAAAUGCUCUGCUUGGGCCCAAAGGAAGCCCAGAAGCCGUGGACCUUGUAUGCGACCUCCACAACACCACCUCCAACAUGGGCCUCUGCUUCAUUUUUUUCAACUACGACUGGAUCGCUCUGCACAUUUGUAAAUAUGUGCAGAGCAAAACAUCAUAUGGGACCAUAAGAGCAAUCCAACUGGUUGUACCGGAUUCAGAGACCUUCUCACUUGAAACUGUAGGCAAACAUGGCUUCUCAAUAGAGGUUGGGCCUCAACCCACUGGCGUAGUCAGAGCUGACAUUUACAACAUGGUGAAUGAAACACUGGAUAUCAUCAUUGAAUGGCUUCAAAAAUUCAAUUCUGGAUGCAGUUUUGAGGGUGGUGAAAUGGAGGCAUUCAGCUAUUUCAAGACCAUUGACUACCCGAGAGAUCCCACCACCCAUGAGAUCACGGCAGCUAUUCAUCCCCAGCUGCAGGACAACGACUUCAAGCUUCUCCAGCCAGGGGACCCCAUUUUCCAGUCAUUUACCGGGGAGACUGUAGCGCACGAGGGAGAGGCAGCCUAUCCAUUUUUUGUGAAUGAAUGUGCCUACUACGAAAAGAAGACUGCUUUCCAUUUAGGUCUGAAGAAAAACAUUAGCAUCCCGUCCAUCAGUAUGCAGAAGGGAAAUGCUUGAAACUGGAGUUACUUGUACACACACAGUGUGAAAAUGAUUAAUGCAAUGACAAUGGUACACAAUGCAGAUUAUUUUAUUAUUUUGAAUUUAGCAGUUACUCUGAUGUUUAUGGAACUUGAAUGUUUUCAUUGAAAAUGAAUGUUAAUGAUUAAAAUUUUAUUACCCUAUG